AUGGAAACAUAUGCACGUCUCAGUCGUGCUCAGCUGAGUUUCGACUACUUGCACACAAACUCCACAACGCAUGAGUUUCUUUUCGGAGCUAUCGCUGAGCUUAUUGAUAACGCAAGAGAUGCGGGUGCAACAGAAAUAGAUAUUUUUACCGUCAAGAAUCAGACUUUGCGGGGUGGAUUUCUGUUGUAUUUCCUUGACAAUGGUUGUGGAAUGUCUGCUGAUGAAGCAAAAAAUGUAAUUGUUUUCGGGAAAUCAUUUAAAAGGUCCGACGAUCGGUCGUCCAUUGGAAUGUAUGGUAAUGGGCUUAAAUCUGGCUCUAUGCGUAUUGGGAACGAUAUGAUACUAUUUACAAAAAGAGAUGGGGUUUUUAGUUGCGUCUUCUUGUCCCGGACAUUCCACGAGGCUGAAAAGUUGGAUGAAGUUAUUGUGCCUUUGCCCACCUUUCGAGUAAACGACAGGUCGCCUUACAUUUCUUCUUCUGACGAACAAAAGAAGCACGAAGUCGAAAUGCAGAUAAUCUAUAAAUUCUCACCCUUUCAAUGUGCGAGGGAUUUCUUUUACCAAUUCGAUAGAAUUAAGGGCGAUAGUGGAACAUUGGUUAUUGUAUAUAACAUGAAGUUAUUGGACAAUGGCUCUACGGAACUAGAUAUCACCACGGAUUCUCGUGAUAUUCUUUUGGCUGCUAGUUCUGACAGGGAGGAUCCGAUGGAGCCCCAUGCAGAAAUCGAACUCCCUCCUGAGAAACGCAGUCUCCGUGCUUAUGUGUCUAUACUCUAUGCAGAUCCCAGAAUGAAGGUCUAUAUCCAAUCUCGAAAAGUUCAAACAAAACGGCUUCUAGACACACUGUAUGCGGUUAAACGUUACAACUUUGCCAGCAAAACUUUCCGCACACGAGCUGAGCGUGAACUAGCAAAAGCCAAGGAGGAUGUCAAAGUUGCCGAAUUGCUUGCCAUCGAGGCUGAGAGUAAGGCACGUGAUUGUGAACUUCGGUAUGAGAACUCCAAGGACCAUGAGCAUCUUAAGCUGAUUCGACGAUUGAACAAUGUUGCCGCGGAAAAACGAAAUCUUGUUACCAUUAAACAAAAUGUUGUAGCUCGGAAGCAGAAGGCGCUUAAGGAUCCCAAAACCCUUACCUUUUAUUUUGGGAUGAAUGUGGUUAACCGGGCUUGUGAUGGGAUGUUUGUGUACAACUGUUCACGACUGAUCAAGAUGUACCAAAGGAUUGGUCCCCAACAGGACUCUAGCAUGACGUGCCGGGGUGUUGUAGGCAUCGUCGAUGUACCCUAUAUGGUUCUAGAGCCAACUCACAACAAGCAAGACUUUGCGGAUGCGAAGGAGUUUCGCCAAUUGAUGCGAGCCAUGGCCGAUCACCUGAUGCAGUACUGGGACGACUUGGCAAUCGAGAAAAAUGGAAGUGAGGAUACAAACAGAUUUUGGAAGAGUUUUGGUUAUCUCUCUGCGCGUUGGAGAGAUCCACCCAGCGAUGAUGAGAAGUAUGCUCGCAAACGUUACUCUUGUGUCUCUCUCUGUGUUCAAUGCGACAAAUGUCUCAAAUGGAGGGUUCUCCCCUACUCACAGAGCCAAGUGGGACGUGAUGUUCCCGAUAAUUGGCAGUGCCGGGACAACCCCGACCAGAAACAUCGAAGCUGUGACACGCCUGAGGAGGAUAUGAGUCCAUUACUGGGUGUUCUCAAACGGAAAAUUAAGACAAAGGAACAGCGACAGGCUGAAUUAGAAGCUCAAAUUCGGAAAAAGCAGGAGGAACUGGAGCUAAUUCUCGAUCCAGACGAAGAACCAUCUGUUCGUGGUCGCGGCAAACGUCCGUCUCGGUCGUUCCCGAACUCAACCCUACCGGCCAAAAAGCGGACUACACGUUGCGCAUCACCACCUGCGCGCACCAUCACAGUUGCCGACAAGAAGCGGAUGACCACUUUGCCGGAGGUCCAGUCAACACCGAGGUCGGCCACCCGAAAGGCAUGCAUCUCUGUUCCCAAACCGAAACCUACCUUUUGCAGCACAAAUGUACCCCGUCAGGUCUCGUCUCGUCGUUCACUACGCCGGCAAAGCGCAGAGUCAGAUGAGGGAGGAGAGGGGGAGGAGGACGUCGCUUUGGAAGAGGAAGAUGAGGUUUCUUACGAAAAAAUGGGUGUAAAGACGGUGGUGGGGUCAAAUGCCGGCAUUAAGACGGAUAGCGAGAGCUCUUCGACUACAGAGACAAAUGAGAAUGCUGCCCGAGAAAGUUUGAAUUCUCGUAACGCAUUCGAAAAUACGCCGAAGGAGAAUGCUGAAGAGACAUCCGAGAGCGUUACCAAAUCAUCAUCUCUCUUUUCAAAUGGUUCUCCCAAAGAAUCAUCCUCUGAAGCUGCAAAGAAGCACCACGAAGACGCGGUAAGAGAUACGGGUCCUACGCUGUCUCCUAAGGAUGGACACGAUACCGCAGCAACCACUAAAAUUGCCGAAAAACUAAAAAUCUGUUUACGUUAUUUCCUUCCGCCAAAAUGGCCAAUGGAAAAAGAGCGCAUUCACACAUUGACGGUAGUGGACUUAGCUGAAUUUCCACUUGAAUCGUUCUUCGACCGGUACGAGCAGGGUUUACGCGCCCUCCUUGGCAAUUUCCAACAGGAGACCCAACUCAUCGGUGAAACUUUACAAAACCUUCGAGUAGAUGUCGCUAGGCUCUUGGACAAAAUUGCUCCAGAUCUGAACGCAUCCUCACGGGCCAAGGAAACAAUUGAUCAGGUUCUAAGGGACUACCUUGACCAAAAUCCCUAG